AUUCCACCCUCAAAUACAUGACUUAAUUCAAAAUGAAAUAAAUUUUAAAAAUUAAAUUAAAGAAACAGACAGCUAUUCCGCCUUGGUUUCUCUUUCCCCCAAAUUCCCCACGUUUUGUAUCCAAACCCUAGAAAUCCAAAAUUCAAAAAACCCCUAAAUCCCCGAGCCUUUGAUCCUACCAGUAGGCUAGGGUUAGGGUUUUGGUGUCUCCUCUCUCUGAUUAUCGACGGGGAGACCGACAAAAGCGAAAGAUUUCCUAUAUUGCAAGUUUCCUGAUGGUUUGAAAUUGUGGAGCUGAGAGGAAUUUGAGUUGGAAAUUUGAGAGUUGGAAGGGAAAUGGCUAGCGAUUUCCCGAUGAGCGCUGAGUUGGAGCAGAUAGCUGGCGAGAUCAAUGAUAUAUUUCGAGCGCUUACAAAUGGAUUUCAAAAAAUGGAUAAGAUCAAAGAUCCUAAUCGACAGACUAAGCAGCUGGAGGAACUCACGGGGAAAAUGAGGGAGUGUAAGAGGCUGAUUAAAGAGUUUGAUCGUCAAAUUAAAGACGAGGAGAGUCGAAAUCCUCCAGAGAUCAAUAAGCAGCUUAAUGAGAAAAAGCAAUCAAUGAUCAAAGAACUGAACUCAUAUGUGGCCCUGAGAAAGACGUACACGAGUAGUCUCGGUAAUAAAAGGGUUGAACUCUUUGAUAUGGGUGCUGGAGGUAGUGAUCCUGCAGCUGAGGACAAUGUACAAAUGGCUUCAGCAAUGUCUAAUCAGGAACUUGUAAAUGCUGGAAGGAAGACUCUGGAUGAGACUGACCAAGCUAUUGAGCGUUCAAAAAUAGUUGUGGAGCAAACUGUUGAAGUAGGAACUCAAACUGCUACGACAUUGAAGGGCCAAACUGACCAAAUGGGCCGCAUCGUUAAUGAUCUGGAUACAGUGCACUUUUCUAUCAAAAAGGCCACUCAGCUUGUGAAGGAGAUUGGUAGACAGGUGGCCUGCGAUAGAUUCAUCAUGUUCUUUCUAUUUAUAAUAGUUUGUGGUGUGAUUGCAAUCAUUGUCGUCAAGAUUGUACAUCCAAAUAACAAGAACAUCAGAGAUAUACCUGGGCUGGCUCCCCCAGCCCCAACAACAUCAAGAAGGUUGCUGUCCGAAGACUUGUUAAGAGGUUUCCAUUAGUGUGCCUCUGGAUCUUCAGCGAUUGGACGUGUUACUAUUCUUUUCCUUUCUAUGUAUAUCAUAUAUGUUUAUGUUUAUCUUUUUCUUGUCUUCGUUUAUACGGCUGCUUUCAACAUGAUCUUUGAGACUCGAGGUUGUGAUCUUUUUCUUCCUUUAUUUGUCCAUUUGAUGUGUACAUGUAGUAGAUGCUACUACUUUUAGGGUUCGUCACAUACAUUGGCGCUUUGAAGGACUGAAGUUGUUUGUCCAUGAGCUUGCUCUUUUAGUUGAUUUAUUCAUUGCA